CGUUGUGACAUUUUAGUUUUGCUGUUGUUUCCUCUGCUUUCCCAGGGGAAUGUGACCCCGUUCACAAAUUGCCCUCAGUUCUUUGUGAAUGGGGUCCAUCCCACGGUUCUCAGAGAUCUUAUGAACAACAAUCGCUACCAGCAGAUAUGCCAGUGUCUCAUGGACCAGAAAAACCAAGUAAUUUACUACUAUGCCACGCUCUACGAUACCAAUAAUAAGAUUCCUGUGUAUUCUGCCUACACGCUUCAACAUUCAACCGUUUCCCGAGAGAACCCUUGGUAUGUCGAACCUCAGCUCGAUGGUGGUAGAGACCUCUGCAUGGGCGCACAGAAACCCUCAACCAUAAACUGGGGUCAACACCAGGCCCUGAAUAGCGACUAUUGGGGACCAGUCUACGAUAAGGGCCACCUCUACCCAGUCUACCACACCUCCACAUAUUUAUCCAUGCUAGCCACCUCUACCCUGACCAACGCAGCCCCACAAGGCUCAAGCUUCAACAGGGGCGGAUGGAAGACACAUGAAAGGAACCUGGUUAGCCUACUGCAAAAAUGCUCAAAGGUCUAUGUAGUCACUGGUGUAGUGCCUGAUAACAUAGCGAUAGGUAAUGGUGUCAGAGUGGCUAAGUUCUACUGGAGUGCAUACUGUUGUGUUAUUAUAAAUGGAAUUAAGGAGUCUAAAGGGUACGUAGGUCCUGAUAACAACGACAUAGUGUUAACACUGACUGUGCAAGAACUGGAGAAAGAACUCAGCAAAUUAUAUGGUUCAACUUUCUCUGUGUUCCAAGGCGGAUGCUAACGCUAAGUAAGCUAGCUAAUGCUAAUUAAAUCUUGAACAACACUAGUAUUGCAACAAUUAUACAUUUUACUGUU